GAGAGAGAGAGAGGGGCAUUGCGUGAAAUGAGGGAAGAACAUUUUCCAUAGAGAAAGUAAGUCUAGACCCGAAAUGAGGACCAUUGAACGCAUCUGGCCUAAUUUUAGCCUCUUGUUUUAUCCAACCAGCCAUUGCACAGUAACCAUUUCACUUUCACCUGAAAAUAUUUUCUGAUCUUUCAUUUCUCAAAACUUUGUGUUUUGAGAAUCUUUUGUAAUCUUUCCAAAAAUUUUGGAAAUGAAAAUUAAGAGAUCAUUUUAUGCUUCUCAUUCUCUCACCCACAUUCAAUCACUUUCGUAGCCUUGUCAUAAGCCAAUUUGAUUUGAAUUAAGGGGAAAAAAAAGAGAAAAAAAUAAGAUGGCCACGUCAACAGGCCCCAAGAAAAACUCAUCCUCUACCUCCUCCUCCGCCCCCGACCGGCCGCCACAGGCGGUGAAAUUCGCUCGCCGGACUUCAAGCGGCCGCGUCGUCAGCCUUUCCCGCGAGGAUGACCUGGACAUGUCAGGCGAGUUCGCAGGCCCCAACGAUUACAUUAAUUAUACCGUCAUGAUGCCGCCAACCCCAGAUAACCAGCCUGCAGGCUCAUCAGGCCCAGCUCCCUCGGGCGAUAAGCCCGAUGGGCCAGGCCCGUACGGCCCAACAAGCCGGUUCGGCGUGGAAUCUCAUCGGGUAGAUAUGACGAGGCGGGGCGGAGGGGAGGAGGAGGGCGGUAGUGGCGGCGGCGGCGGGAAGUUGGACCGUCGGAUGUCGGUGAUGAAAUCGAACAAUAAAUCAAUGCUGCUGAGGAGCCAGACGGGGGAUUUCGAUCAUAACCGUUGGUUGUUUGAGACAAAGGGGAAGUAUGGUAUAGGGAAUGCAUAUUGGCAAGACGAUGAGAAUUCAUUUGACGAAACUGGCAUGAGCAUGUCUGAUUUUAUGGACAAGCCUUGGAAGCCUCUCACUCGGAAAGUUAAGGUUCCAGCAUCAAUUCUCAGCCCUUACAGGCUACUUAUUGUGACACGCCUUAUAAUACUGUUUUUCUUCCUAACAUGGCGUAUUCAAAACCCGAACGAGGAGGCUCUCUGGUUAUGGGGAAUGUCCAUUGUAUGCGAGUGCUGGUUCGCUUUCUCAUGGAUUCUUGACAUACUCCCCAAGGUCAACCCCAUAAACCGCCAAACUGACCUCACCGCCCUCCGCGAAAAGUUCGAGACCCCCUCUCCAUCAAACCCUCAUGGCCGGUCUGACUUACCAGGCGUUGACGUGUUCAUCUCCACUGCCGACCCUGAGAAAGAGCCCCCUUUGGUCACUGCCAAUACUAUCCUUUCUAUACUUGGCGUGGAUUAUCCGGUUGAGAAGGUCUCUAUUUACAUAUCAGAUGAUGGUGGUGCCAUCCUUACCUUUGAGGCCAUGGCUGAGGCUGUCAAAUUCGCUGAGGAUUGGGUGCCCUUCUGCCGGAAACACAACAUUGAGCCUAGGAAUCCAGACAGUUACUUCAGUGUUAAAACAGACCCAACUAAGAACAAGAAGCGUCAUGAUUUUGUCAAGGACCGCCGUUGGAUCAAGAGGGAAUACGACGAGUUCAAGGUCCGGAUCAAUGGGCUGCCGGAUGUGAUCCGCAAGCGGUGCGAGAUGUACAAUUCAAAGGAGGAAAUGCAAGAAAAAAAGGCUGCUAGGGAGAAGAAUGGUGGAGUGUUGCCUGCAGAUCAGCCGAUAAAGGUCACCAAGGCUACUUGGAUGGCUGAUGGGACCCAUUGGCCGGGCACCUGGUACAACUCAACGGCUGAUCACUCAAAGGGUGACCAUGCUGGAAUUCUACAGGUGAUGAGCAAGGUUCCAGAUCAUGAUCCGGUGAUGGGUCACCCAAACGAGAAGAAGCUGGACUUCAGUGGCAUUGACACUAGGCUUCCAAUGUUUGCAUAUGUUUCACGUGAGAAACGCCCUGGUUAUGACCACAACAAGAAGGCCGGAGCCAUGAAUGCCCUUGUUAGAGCUUCGGCGAUACUCUCUAAUGGCCCAUUUAUACUCAACUUGGAUUGUGAUCAUUAUGUAUACAACUGCAUGGCGAUCAGAGAAGGAAUGUGCUUCAUGAUGGACCGUGGUGGUGACCGGAUUUGCUACAUACAGUUUCCCCAGAGAUUUGAAGGGAUUGAUCCCUCUGACCGAUAUGCCAACCAUAACACUGUCUUCUUUGAUGGGAACAUGAGAGCUCUGGAUGGUCUCCAAGGUCCUGUAUAUGUUGGGACUGGCUGCAUGUUUCGGCGCUAUGCGCUAUACGGUUUUAACCCGCCACGGGCCAACGAGUACUUGGGUAUUGUCGGGCAAAACAAGUCACGGGCCUCAAACAUUCCAAUGCAGACUGAUGAGGACUCAGACACACUGCCCUUGACGUCUCAUCCUGACCUUACCCUGCCCAAAAAAUUUGGGAAUUCAACCAUGUUUGCAGAGUCUAUACCCAUUUGUGAGUAUCAGGGACGUCCACUUGCCGAUCACAUUUCUGUGAAGAACGGACGACCUCCUGGUGCACUGCUCAUUCCGCGCCCUCCACUUGAUGCCCCCACUGUCGCUGAGGCCGUUGCCGUCAUCUCCUGCUGGUACGAAGACAAGACAGAAUGGGGGGACCGGGUUGGCUGGAUCUAUGGAUCGGUGACGGAAGACGUGGUCACUGGCUACCGAAUGCACAACCGCGGGUGGCGGUCAGUCUACUGCAUUACAAAGAGGGAUGCUUUCCGUGGCACGGCACCCAUCAACCUCACCGACCGACUCCACCAGGUGCUCCGUUGGGCCACAGGCUCUGUCGAGAUUUUCUUCUCCCGAAACAACCCCCUCCUGGCCACCCGCCGCCUCAAGUUCCUCCAACGCAUCGCCUACUUCAACGUUGGCGUUUACCCCUUCACCUCCAUCUUCCUUGUAGUGUACUGCUUCCUUCCAGCCUUGUCCCUCUUCUCCGGACAAUUCAUCGUGCAAAGCCUUAAUAUCGCCUUCCUUUCGUACCUCCUCCUAAUAACCGUCUGUCUUAUCCUAUUAUCCCUUCUAGAAGUUAAAUGGUCCGGUAUUGCACUAGAGGAGUGGUGGCGAAAUGAGCAGUUUUGGGUCAUAGGUGGGAGUAGCGCCCACCUUGUUGCGGUUAUCCAAGGGCUCCUAAAGGUCUUAGCCGGAAUCGAGAUCUCUUUCAAGUUGACAACGAAAUCGACAGCUGAAGAUGAAGACGACAUCUAUGCGGAUCUGUACGUCGUGAAGUGGACGAGCCUGUUCCUGAUGCCGUUGACUAUAAUCAUGGUGAACCUCGUCGCCCUGAUCAUGGCGUCCGCGAGGACUAUUUACAGCGUCAUUCCGGAGUGGAGCAAGCUUUUUGGUGGGGCGUUUUUCAGUUUCUGGGUGCUGGCUCAUAUGUACCCAUUUGCCAAAGGGUUGAUGGGGAGGAAAGGGAAAAUGCCCACCAUCAUCUAUGUUUGGGCAGGGCUGGUUUCCAUUACAGUCUCUUUGCUCUGGAUAUCUAUCAGUCCCCCAAGUGACAAUUCUACUGCUAGUGGUGGUUCUCUCUAGGGGAAAAAUGAAAGAGGUGAGGAGAUUGUUUUGUGACUAAAUUGAAAAUCUGCUUCCAUGUGUAUUCUGAAAAAACGCUGCGAAAGACCGGAGAGUUUCUGUUGUAUGGUGCUGUAAUUUGAAAGUGUAGGACAUACUGAUACAUGUAUGUAUGUAAUGUUAGAACAAUUUUUGCGGUUUUAUUUCUCGAGUCGCUGUGCCAAUGCGAACCGUGGUGUUUGUAAG